CCCAAGUUAAACAUAGGUAAAGUUAUGGCAACGUUGGUAACAUUGUUGGUUGCAUUAGCGGUGACGGCGAAUUCUGCGGCGGCGGUGGACUACAUAAGUGCGGCUUCCACCAUACUCCAAUGCGCAGACUUCCUGCGCAAUCCUAAUCCGACGGCGCCCGGAGGCAAAUGCUGCACUGCAGCCAAACAGCUGCUUGCUUUAGGCGACGCCAAGACUUUGUGCGACGCUCUUAAACCCCUCACCUCCACCUUUCUCCCUACCAAGGCCAAACUGCUUCCCGACAUCUGCAAUCUCCCCGUCUUCUCCCCCCUCGUCACUUGCCUUGCUCCGUCGUCGAGUGCCAAGGCUGACUCUCUUCUGCCGCCGCUGGGUCCUCUACCGCAUCUGCCUCUGCCUCUGCCUCUGCCGCCCAUUUUUCAAUUGCCUCCGUUGGGUCCUCUGCCUCAUCUGCCACCGCUGGGUCCUCUUCCUCCCAUUUUUCAAUUGCCACCGAUUAUUUCUCUUCCUCCGUUCCUUCCAACUCCUCCUUCGACGGCGUAGAUCCUCUGCGGCGGCGCGUGUAGGAGUAGGCGUGUCUCUGGAUUUUGUUUCUUUUAGUAGUAAUAAUUUUGUGGUGUUGUGCUAAGAAUUGAAUUUUGUAUUACUGGCAGUUACUGGAAAUUUCCAAUGCACAACUUUUAC